AUAACGUGGGAUUUGAGUUCGUGAUUUGAGGAAUUGGGGAGUCGAAAGAUCGAAAAAAGUCCCAUUUUUCAACAACAGAUACGGUCACAAAUAUAAAUAGUAAUACAAAUAAAUAUAAGUUCGAUUUGUUUGGAAGGAUUGGUGGUAAUAACAACAAACACAAAGACUGAUUCUGAUUCUUCGAAAAGAUAUCUAGGAACAGCAUCACAGUUGACGCCAAACACAAAUUCAAAUAAACGUCCCAAUCGAGUCCCGAGACUUAUCAACAUCAUGACCUCAAAAACUUCCACCACUCCAAAAAAUAUCAUCAUCCUCGGUGCCGGAAUUUCAGGUCUUCAAACUGCUCUUUCUCUAUUAACUUCAUCCUCUACUUCUUCUUCAAAACCGAAAAUAACAAUCAUAGCCAAACAUUUCCCAGGAGAAAAAGAUGCAAAUUAUUGUUCUCCAUGGGCAGGAGCAGAUUGGAGAAGUCAUGCUUCGAGAAAGGAAGAGGAUAGGAGACUUAGAGGAUGGGAGGAAGUUACUUAUAAGAGGUGGAUUGAGGUGAUUGAACGAGAGAAGGAGGAGAAGAUGCUAGAGAAUGGGAAGAAAGAUGCUAGAAUGGAGGAAGUCGAACCAAAGAAGGACCAUCAAGAAGUAGGAAUAGCCAUAACACCAUCUCUAUACUUCCUAGGAGCCAAUUACCACGGAUCCGAAAUCGACGAAAAUGGUGUUUGGUUUCAAGAUGUAGUUCAGGGAUAUCAAGAACUGAAUCCUUCCGACCCAACUGAAAAUAAUUCGGAACUGCAUAGUUACCCAAAAGGUAUAUUAGGAGAAGGAAUUAGAAAAGGUGUUUAUUUCAAUACCGUAUGCGUGGAUGUAGAUAAAUAUCUUGCGUAUUUAUUACUUCGCAUCAAAGCACUAGGCGCGAUAAUCACCCGCUCGGAAAUCAACACGAAUGGUGGACUUGAGGGUGUGGUUCGUUCUUGCAAAGUUCUUGCUAGGGAGAAUGGGGUAGCGGGUGAUGUGGAUGUAUUGAUAAAUUGUACAGGACUUGCAGCGGGAAAAUUCGUGGAGAAGGAUGAGAGGGAGAAAUUGUUUCCGGUUAGAGGUCAGGUUUUGAUGUUGAAGGGAGAGACGAAGGUUUGUAAGACGUUGGUGACGGAUUUGGGGGAGGAGGGGGAUGAAUUACUUUAUGUUAUUCCGAGGCCGGGAAGUGGGAGGAGUGUGGUUGGGGGUCGUAAACAGGUUCGUUGAUUUCUUUUAAGUUGGGGAAGAGGGGGAUGGUUCGGAAGGUGGUGACUUUGGUUCUCACUCUCAUUCAUUUGUUUUUGUUCCCCGGAAAGAUGAUAGGAGAUAGACCGAGAUGGGGGUCUCGUUCCGAAUAUAAGUGUAUAAGUGAGAAUAACUAACUCGAAGAUGGAUAUAGGCAUAUAGUUGGGACUCUAACCCGGACUCACAAUUAACUGAAAGAAUUCUUCAAAGACUGAAGGAUAUUGGAUGGGCGGAUGAUUUUAUGGAUGAGAAUGGUGAUAUAGAGGUUUUGGAUACGUAUGUGGGUUUUAGACCUGGGAGGAAAGGUGGUGUGAGGGUGGAGAUUGAGGUGGAGGUGAAGGCUGAUGGAGAAGAGUGGAGGAAAGAAGAGGGAGAAAUGAUAGGGGAAAAAGGACAAGCAAGGAAAAUAGAAGAUGUCUUUGUACUUCAUAAUUAUGGUCAUGGGAGUGGAGGGUAUCAAUGCAGUAUUGGGUGUGCGGAGGAAAUUGUGAGGUUGAUUGAGGGGUUGGAGUUGGAGUGAUGAGUGAUGGGAUGGUGAGUCAGUGUAAUUUUGUUAUUGAUAUGGUAUGAUGAGGAGGGACUUGGUAUGUGAGAUUACGAGGUGGCGGGCCUACGGAGGUUAGGAAUAGAUAUUGAGGGAGGGGGAUUGUUCUAGGUGAUGAUGUAUAGUGGUGCUGUUUGGAUA